AUGCCUGCCAAUGCUCUUGGAGAAGGCAUCGAGCUGCCCAUCAGGGCCAGCCAUGCGAGUGGCGCGAACGCGGAGGAGCGGCCGCAAAGGUUCGCGCGUAGGAGGACAACCCUCGUGGAUCUGGGUAAGAAACUCGAGGCUUGCUCAGAGCCUGACGCCGCGACAGCGACCGCUACAAAGAUUCUGGCAGUUUACACCUUGGCAAGAGUUGCUGGCAAUGUUUUGGCUGUGGGUUGGGAAGCCUCGUAUUUCGCGAUGUUUGAUGGGGUUCUUCGGCCGGUAAUGACAGGAUUCGCGGUCCACUUCCUUCUCCGCAACAAUGGCAGAUUCUCAGAAAAGUCGUUGUUGCAUCUCUGGUGCCGCCGAGCGAUCUUCUCGCUGGCCUUCUUCGUGGGCGACGACGGCUUCUUGGGCCUGGUCGUCUGGGCCUUUCAAGGCAGUGCCUUCGCCAUGAACUCCCUGUGCGUGCUUGGCACGCUUCUGUGGGAGAUCGGUUGCAACUGCAUGCAGAUGCACAUGACAAAUCUGAAGCUCUCGGCCUUGGAUCGAGGGUUUACAGCUAAGCUUUGCCACGUUGUGGGCAUCCUUGGCAUUUUGUCCAUACUCUUCCUGUCCGGAAAAGCGACAAUUCGUAAUUGCCUCUACGGUCAUGCGAUGCUUAGCGUCACGGACCUUGCUGUUGUAAAUUUGAGCUUAUUCUGCUGCUGUGUGAUUUUGCUUACCCAGUGUUGCAGCCUCUGUUUUGUUGCCUGCAGAGCUUUGCUGGCUGCCGGUGGUGACAAGGCCAUUAGAUCUACUGCGCACCUCCUCCUUGGAAGCGCUGUCUUGGUCCUGCUAGGGCCCGCUCUGAGCUUCUGGUCCUUCUACACCUACCUGACUCGCGACAUCCUUCUCAGCAAAUGGAAAGUGACCAGCGGAUCAUGGCUGACUUUCGACUUGUUUCUCCAAAUUUGCAACACCCUCGCGCUCAGCGGAGUGGUUGGGCCAAAGCAAUGGAAUCGUCCCAUGGACGCCUUCCGCCAGCUUGCAGACCUCUCUGGAUUUGGCUUUGCAUCCAAGCGCAUCGCUUUCCCGGGACAUAUCAAUGAGAGAGCCACAAAGUGCAUCGUGUCAUUCCCGGGCAAGUACAGUGAGCUGUGGGACGAAGCUGUUUCUGCCGUGACGUCUCAGGCCGGGAAGACUGGGACAGAUUCCUGGUCUUUGGCUUGCGUCUUCUUGACCGAUGCCGCCUCUGGCCUUGGACAACAUGCUGAGAAUCUUGAUACGCCUGGGAAGUGCUGGUGCCAUAGCAUCUAUGGCCAGGUUCCAGCCGAAACAUAUCUCAACGUAGUGGAGGUGGAUCCAGAUCGUAUUGACAGCCCGGACAACCGACAGAUGCUCGCUUUUAAGCGCAGCGAUGCUGAGGCUAUGGGCCAGCUACUCGUGAUCAAAAGCGACCAGUCCGACAUAUCAUGGCAGAGGGAGCUUGCAGAGGCUACUCACAAGGCCCAGCAGCUUUGCUGGGCGAAAGAUGGACGGGCACCAUGGGGGUGCCAGUGGUUCGAGGAGUGGAAAAAGAACGCGGACUUCGCGGCACAGCUGCAUCAGGAGCUGCACGUGUUCUAUUUCGAAGGUCGCACGGGCCAAGGAAAGGUGCCCUGGGAUCAGCUUUGCGACGAGGCUGCGAAAGCGAAAGCUCGGGAGGGUGGCGGCCUGGGCGCGUCACAGACCGCAGAAGUGGCAUAUCUUCAAAGGAUGGGCUUCAGCUUCAUCGAGCAUGACAUCCGAGACUUCCAGGCCUUCAUUGCCGCAGAUGAAUGA